GCGAACCCCUCUGUCCCCGGACUGGGAAGAGCGGCCGCGGCGGGAGGCGAGCCCGCCGGGCGAGGCAGUGCCAUGCUGCCUUUGUGCAAAGUUGGGCGGCGGGCUGCACGCCGCGCGCAGGGGCCCCGCACACCCGCGACCGCGCGCAGUCGUGGCUGCUGCUGAGUGACGGGGGGGCCCCCCCCGCUCCCCCCAGCCCUUGAAGGCGGAGAGAGCUCGCGUCUCGCUCGGCUUCAGGGUAAGUCCAGCUGUAAGCAGAGUGUUUUGUUCUUCACAUCCAGCAAGCCAGGGUUUUAUAAAUGGACACUGACAUGGACUACGAAAGGCCCAACGUUGAAACCAUCAAGUGUGUGGUCGUGGGAGACAACGCCGUGGGGAAGACGCGCUUGAUCUGUGCCAGAGCAUGUAAUACAACGCUAACGCAGUAUCAGCUGCUGGCCACCCAUGUACCAACCGUGUGGGCAAUUGACCAGUACCGGGUCUGCCAGGAGGUUUUGGAACGUUCCCGGGAUGUUGUUGAUGAAGUGAGUGUUUCUCUCAGGCUUUGGGACACUUUUGGCGAUCAUCACAAAGACCGGCGCUUUGCAUAUGGCAGGUCUGAUGUUGUGGUCCUCUGCUUUUCUAUUGCUAAUCCCAACUCCCUAAAUCAUGUGAAAACCAUGUGGUAUCAAGAAAUCAAGCACUUUUGCCCCCGCACACCUGUUGUCCUUGUUGGCUGCCAGCUAGACCUCCGCUAUGCCGAUCUUGAAGCUGUUAAUCGAGCCCGACGCCCUUUAGCAAGGCCCAUAAAGAGAGGAGAUAUUCUGCCCCCUGAGAAAGGCCGAGAGGUUGCAAAGGAAUUGGGCAUCCCAUACUAUGAGACGAGCGUCUUUGAUCAGUUUGGAAUCAAGGAUGUGUUUGACAACGCAAUCCGGGCAGCGCUGAUUUCCCGCCGGCACCUGCAGUUCUGGAAAUCCCACCUCAAGAAAGUUCAGAAACCUUUACUUCAGGCACCGUUCCUACCUCCAAAAGCCCCUCCACCGGUCAUCAAAGUCCCAGAGUGUCCCUCUGCGGGGACGAGCGAAGCCGCCUGUUUACUGGACAAUCCUUUGUGUGCUGACGUCCUGUUCGUCCUCCAGGACCAGGAGCACAUCUUUGCACACCGAAUAUACCUCGCUACCUCCUCUUCCAAAUUUUAUGAUCUUUUUCUAAUGGAAUGUGAAGAAACUCCAAAUUGGAGUGAAGUUACUUGUGAGAAGGAGAAGCAGGGCCGGGAUGGCCAGGAGCAGGCAUGGAGUGUCGUUGACCCAGAUGAGGAGCAGGAGGAGGGGACCGGAAGGACGCCUCAGGCUGACCAGUGGGAGGCCUCCAGCCAGAACCUGUCCCAGCAGGAGAUUCUAAAGCUGGAAGCCGAGGGCUCACUCCCAGAGGCACAGACACUGGCAGGCUGGAGUAAGGGGUUUCUUGGCAUGCACAAGGAAAUGCAAGUCAAUCCCAUUUCAAAGCGGGUGGGCCCCGUGACUGUGGUCAGGAUGGACUCGUCGGUCCAAUCGGGCCCUUUCCGGACCCUGCUCCAGUUUCUUUACACAGGGCAACUGGAUGAAAAGGAGAAGGACUUGGUGGGCCUGGCUCAGAUCGCAGAGGUCCUGGAGAUGUUUGACUUGAGAAUGAUGGUGGAAAACAUCAUGAACAAGGAAGCCUUCAUGAACCAGGAGAUUACGAAAGCGUUUCAUGUCAGGAAGGCCAAUCGCAUAAAAGAGUGUCUUAGCAAGGGGACGUUCUCAGAUGUGACAUUUAAGUUGGACGAUGGAGCCAUCAGUGCCCACAAACCGCUGCUGAUCUGUAGCUGCCAGUGGAUGUCUGCCAUGUUCGGGGGGUCAUUUGUGGAAAGCGCCAACAGUGAGGUAUAUCUCCCUAACAUAAACAAGAUGUCAAUGCAGGCGGUACUGGAUUAUCUCUACACCAAGCAGUUGUCACCUAACUUGGACCUGGACCCACUGGAAUUAAUUGCCUUGGCAAACAGAUUCUGCCUGCCACACUUGGUUGCACUUGCAGAGCAGCACGCAGUUCAGGAGCUGACCAAGGCUGCUGUGAGUGGCGUGGGCAUUGAUGGGGAAGUGCUCUCUUAUUUGGAGUUGGCCCAGUUCCACAAUGCCCACCAGCUGGCUGCCUGGUGCCUGCACCACAUCUGCACCAACUACAACAGUGUUUGUUCCAAGUUCCGCAAAGAGAUCAAAUCGAAAUCUGCAGACAACCAGGAAUACUUUGAGCGCCACCGGUGGCCCCCUGUGUGGUACCUGAAGGAAGAAGACCACUACCAGCGGGUGAAAAGGGAAAGAGAGAAGGAAGAUAUUGCACUAAAUAAACAUCACUCGAGACGAAAGUGGUGCUUCUGGAAUUCAUCUCCAGCAGUCGCCUGAGGAGGAAGAGGAGGAAAAGUCAGUAAUCCAUCACACCCUUUUGAAAGCACUACUGUACCGUUAGUCUUAUUAUUAGCGAUAAGCUGUAGGUCAGGUUUCAGGCACUGGUCUUCCUCCACUUUUGUGCAUUUAUCUGGCUGGGAUCAAAGCACAAGCUCACCAUCAAUGAGCCUGGACAAAAGGGAAGUUGACAAUGCUCACUGCAUUCCUUCAACUUACAUGUAUAUUUUUUUGUUAGAAGGCUUAAUAAACCUUAGUCCGUUUUGGGUG